CUGACUAAAAGCCGGCCAAAAACAGUGAAUAAAGAACGGCCAGAAACAAAAUAAAAUUCAUCCGCGAGUGACAGCAUGCCGUUUCCCGACAACAAUUCCAACAACACAUAAUAACAUCAACCUAAAAGAGAACAUUCGUUUUCGCAUCUACAGUUACGAAUUUUCAUUAAUUAUCCACUACUUGGUUAUUUGUUAUUGAUGAUUAACCUGGGCUUGUUAGGCUUGUUAUUUAUUUGUUAUUGUUAAAGACUAGAGUUUAUCUUCCUGCAUUCUGUGUACACGUAACUGUUUCAGUUGUUAGAUAUAAUUGCUCGAAUGAACGGGCACUGUAGUGAAAACAAUAUUAAACAAGAAUCACCACACGAGACUGAUUAUGAGUAUAAGCACGAUGAUAUGCCAAUAUCAAGUGAAGAACCAUCAUAUGCUUCCUCAGGGUUUAAUCUUCCAUCGACCAUCAUGCCCUAUGAUUGCGCUCUUAUCAAACAGAAACCGAACGCUUUUUUAUCAAGCGACCGUACUGACGUCGAUGAAUAUAACGAGGACAACCCGGAAUUGAAUUUAAAAGUGGAUGAAUCGAGGUUUACCUCUGAAUCGUCAUAUCAAUCCGAGUCUAUUAAGCAAGAACCCGAGCUUAUCAUAGAAUCUGACGCCGAUGAGUUGCCUGCUGAUCAUGAGGAAACCAAUGCAACGAAUAACCAAGUAGAUUCACAUAGGUGCUAUCUCUGCGGUCAAACGUUCGCCGACUCGGAAAGCUGCGAUUGGCAUCUCACAGAGCACCUGGACAUGCUACCCUACGAAUGCGAGAUAUGCACGCAUGAAACCGGUAUUCCGGUAAAGAUCGCUGCUUCGCUGGUUCAACUUCAUCGACACGUCAAAAUGCACACAAACCGAUUCAAAUGUCCAAAGUGCCCUCUGCGAAGCAAAACGAAGCAAUCUUUGAGGGAACACGUUCGGCUAAAACAUGGCGGGAACGAUGAGGACAAACACACUUGUACGGUCUGUGGAAAGCAGAUGACCAGAAAGUACCUGAUGAGACACAAGCGGGAACACGAGUCGUUGGAACAAGGCCGAUUCAAGUGUUCGGUUUGUGGUAAAAUGUUCAAAACCAGACAGUGUCUGUCUGUGCACGAACGAUUGCACACCGAAGAGCAUCCGUAUCAGUGCAAGUUUUGCCCGAAAACCUUCAAGAACCUCGGAACUUUCAUCGGCCACGAACGAAUUCAUACGGGCGAGAAACCUUACACCUGUCAAGUUUGCGGUAAAACCUAUCGAUGGUUGGUCUCGCUCAAGAGCCACCUGGAAGCCGCUCACGGAACGAGUGUGGAAACAGCUACAAAGCCGGCUGACUCAUUGGGGAACUACAAAUGUGAAUUCGAAGGAUGUGAUUACAACACCACGAAGAGGGCCCAGCUCAGCCAUCACAGAGCAAAGCAUAGAAUGAAGUUCCAAUGUGAGACGUGUUCGAAAAAGUUCGCUACCGGAAAUGAGCUCAGAAGCCACGAGAAUACGCAUAAGACCACCAAGGACUACCAUUGUGAGCAGUGCUCGAAAAGUUUUCGCACAAAGAGAUACUUGGAAAAACAUAUGGCGGUGCAUAGCAAGAUUCGACCGUUUGAGUGCCAAACCUGCGGGGAGGCGUACCUUCAGAAGAAACAACUUACGAAACACCUCUUGAGGAAUGUUGAGUGUCAAAAAGCAGACCAAGUGGACGUUGAAAUAGAGAUCUCAUUAAAUCCAAACAACAGAGAAAGUGUGACUGUGGAAUAAAAUCUUAAUUUUUGCGUAUAAACAUAAUAGCAUUUUUUUUUUACUUAUUCGUUUAUUUGGAAGGCUCGGGCGCCACAUGGGCAUAACUGAGCCGAAAUCUUUUGUUUUUACAAUGAUUUUAAAUUUUACAAUUUAUUACUGCCUUAAAACUAUGUUAGUUUGGGAAGCCGAAGUACUCGCGGCUGUUUCGAGGUUAAGGAUUGAAGAAGAAAAAAAAAUGGGAAGGACGGAUUAAUGGGUUUAAAACUAAAUUAUUUGCUAACUUAUACUAAAACUUUGAUGGGACAAUUUGUCCAUAUCUGUAACGGAACCAAAAAGAAAGGACUUUAUCGGUAGAAAACGACAAGAAGAGGACAAACGGAAGGGGGUAACGACAGACAGGGGCGAACAACAAAACCAAAAGGCGGACAACGAAAACAAGGAACGUACUACAUCAAACUCUGACAUCAACACGUUUCAAAAACUGGUAAAUCAGGUUCAUGUAUUCCAAAUCAAGUCCUGCCAACACUUCUCUAACGGGUUUCUGUUGUUUUCCUCGGACCCGGAGAAUUUCAUGCAGCUCAGAUCUGACCUCACGAUACUCAUUGCAUCCCCACACAACAUGUUCGAUAUCCUGGUAAGCCACGCCACAGACACAGAGAUUGCUUUCUGAGAGCCCAAUACGGAAGGUGUGUGCGUUCAACAAAUAGUGGUUGGACAUCAGCCGACACAUCACACGAAUGAAAUCGCGGCCUAAAUCCAACCCUUUGAACCAUGGCUUCUUCGACACCUGUGGGAUGAUGGAAUGCAACCAUCUACCCAUCUCUCCAUCUCUCCAUUUGUGUUGCCAGCUGAUCAAGGUCUCCUGACGGGCCAAUGCAAAAAAUUCGUCGAAGGCGAUUUGACGCUCGUAAAUAUCGCCUUCGCUAGCGCCCACCUUAGCCAGAGAGUCUGCUUUCUCAUUGCCCGGGAUUGAGCAAUGUGAAGGGACCCAAGCUAUGGUGAUGAUGUAUGAGCGUUUGGACAAAGCACUCAAGACUUGGCGUAUUCCUUUCAGGAAGUACGCUGAGUGCUUCAUCGGUUUCAUUGACCGAACAGCCUCCAGAGAGCUUAGACUGUCGGUAAAAAUGAAGUAGUGCUCAUGUGGAAGAGUGCGAAUGUACUCUAAGGUGUAGUAUAUAGCCGCUAGCUCAGCAAUGUAUACCGAACAUGGCUUUUGAAGCAUGAAGGUGGCGCUAUGAAAUUCGUUGUAGACACCGAAUUCAGUCGAAUCAUUGGUUUUGGAACCAUCUGUGAAGAACUGUCUGGCCCCGCUAACAUGCCCGAACUUACUUGCAAAAAUUUGUGGAAUACAUAUGGAACGAAAAGAUUCCGGUAUACCGGUGAUCUCAUCCUUCAUAGAGAGAUCAAAAUCCACAGAGGAGCUGUCGAAGUUUGAGAAGUUGUCACGAUUGGUGUUAACCGGAUUUGGGCUUACCUCCAGUCGAGCCUCCAGUGUCAUGUACCAGUAGUACACACUCAUAAAACGAGUUUGGGGAUUCUGUUCGAGCAGCUUUUCGAAGUUUUCUAUGACUAACGGAUUCACAACCUUGCAUCGGAUGAGGAACCGGAACGACAACUCCGCAAAGCGGUCUGUCAGAGGCUGUACACCAGCAAGUACCUCUAAACUCAUUGUGUGAGUCGAGUUCAUGCAACCUAACGCGAUCCGAAGGCAACGGUACUGAACCCGUUGAAGCUUCAGCAAGUGUGUUUUCGCCGCGGAUUGAAAACAGAAGCUACCGUAUUCUAAAACCGAUAGAAUGGUUGUUUGGUACAGCCUGAUCAGAUCUUCCGGGUGUGCUCCCCACCAUGUUCCGGUAAUAGUUCGCAUAAAGUUGAUUCGUUUUUGGCAUUUCUGUAUCAGAUACACAAUAUGCUUCCCCCAGGUGCAUUUGGAAUCGAACCAGACGCCGAGGUAUUGUGAAGACAUGCUAUGAGUGAUUGUCUUACCCAUCAGAACGAGCGGAAACUUAGCCGGUUUGUGUUUUUUAGAAAAGACAACCAUUUCAGUUUUCUCCGGAGAGAACUCGAUACCCAGCUUGAGAGCCCAAGUAGACAAAUUGUCCAAAGUAUCCUGUAGUGGUCCUUGCAGAUCGACUGCUAUUGAUCCCGUUACAGAGACAACACAGUCAUGCGCAAGCUGCCUUAACGUGCAGUUUUCCAUGAGACAAUCAUCUAUGUCUCUGACAUAAAAGUUGUAAAGAAGGGGGCUUACACACCAAAUUUUUCGAAACGCUUCCAGCACAAAAAAAAAUCAGCAAAAUAAAUUGCUGAAUUUCAGCAAUUUUUUUGCUGAACUUCAGCACAACGUUGCUGAUCAACUGUCAAAAUUGCUGGAUGGUUCAGCAAGUUGAAAAAUAAUUGCUGAUAUUCAGUAAAUUCAUAUUGCUGAAUGAAAUCAGCACAAAAAAAAUCAGCAAAAUUUGCUGAAUACCAGCAAACAAAAUUUGGAGUGUAGACAUGAACCCUGGGGGAGGCCCAUGUAGCUAAUUCGUGAAACUGUCAAGUCGCCAUGAGCGAAACUCAUCUGCUUCUCAAACAGCAAAUUAUACAAAAAGUUGUUCAGAAUUGGUGAAAGGCCACUGUCGUGUAGUUUGUCAGAAAGAACAUCGACACAAACUGAAUCAAAAGCCCCCUUAAUAUCCAAAAACACUGAGCCCAUUUGCUGCUUUUGAGCAAAGGCAAGCUGAAUUUCUGAAGAAAGCAACGCAAGACAGUCGUUCGUACCUUUGCCUCUGCGGAAACCAAACUGUGUAUCUGACAACAUGCCAUUCGAUUCAACCCAUUUGUCCAGUCGAAAGAGAAUCAUCUUCUCCAACAGCUUCCGUAGACAAGACAACAUCGCGAUUGGACGGUACGAAUUAUGAUCCGACGCGGGUUUCCCGGGUUUUUGAACAGCUAUCACCCUCACUUGUCUCCAGUCAUCCGGAACGAUGUUGUUAUCCAGGAACUGAUUGAACAAGUUCAACAAGCGCCUCUUAGCGACGUCGGGGAGGUUUUUAAGCAAGUUGAACUUGAUUCGAUCCAUUCCUGGAGCGGAAUUGUUACAUGAAAGAAGAGCAAGUGAGAAUUCAACCAUCGAAAACGGCCUAUCCAUGUCGUCCCUAUCCUCGGAAACAUCACGAAUUAUUCGCUCCACGGGUACGGAAUCUGGACAAACUUCUUUUGCGAACUUGAGAAUCCACCGAGGAGAGCUUUCUCGAUCCUCGUUGACCGACGACGCGUUACGCAUUCUUCUACCGACGUUCCAGAGUUCUCAUCGAAGUCUCGCGCGACAAACCCUCGACGAACCGACGCCAGUAACCGCUUUUCUUCGCCUUGAUCAAGUUCUUGAACUUGCUUUCAAGGGAAGCGAACCGCUUGAAGUUUUCGACCGAACCGCGUUUCCGAAACUCUUUGAACGCCGCGGAUUUCUCGCGAUAGAUUUCUGUACACUCACUAUCCCACCACAGAUUGGGGGGUUUCCUGCGAACCGACGGACCUGGCACUGGUCGACGUUGUGCCUGAAGCGCGCUACUGAUGAUCAGUUCUGAUAGAAACUGAUACUCUUCCCGCGGUGGAAGGAUUUCUACCGAUUGCUCACCGUCGAUAAUUGCUUCUGCGUACUUCUCCCAGUCAAUGUGCUUGGUGAGAUCGUAGGCGAUGUCGAUAGAUGGAGGUUGAUGUGACCCAUUGGAAAUAGAAACAACAAUCGGAAGAUGAUCACUACCAUGGGGAUCCUGGAUAACCUUCCAUGUACACUCCAGCGAUAGUGAGCUCGAACAGAUUGAGAGGUCUAAUCGGCUGUUUCUAGGGCUGCCAUCUUGAGCUGGAGGUGCCACUCGUGUAACUUCUCCGGUAUUCAAAAUUGUCAUGUUGAAGUCGUCGCAGAGGUCAUAUAUCAACGUUGAACGGCUGUCAUCGUACAGUUCCCCCCAGCCUGUACCAUGGGAGUUGAAAUCUCCCAUGAGCAACCGAGGCUCGGGCAUAACCGAGCAGAUGUGGGCGAGAUCCCUGCGAGAUAUCACAGUUCUCGGAGGAAGAUAUAUGGAGGCAACACUGAGGGUUUUACCUCGGAUAGUCACCUCACAUGCGACGGCUUCAAUGCCUGUCAUCGGAUGAAAAUCGACUCUGUAAAAUGAGUGCUGCUUCUUGAUCCCUAGAAGCACCCCUCGAUCAAGGCGAAUGAUAUUAUAAUCGGGAAAAGGUAAGGUUACAUCAGGUGUCAGCCAUGUUUCGGAUAGUGCAAAAACAUCGCAUUGUAAAUUGUUAACUAAAAAUUUAAAAACGUCUAAUUUCGGUGUAAUACUACGACAGUUCCAGUGUAGAACCGAAAUCGUAUCUUCGACCUCGGUGGUUAAAUUAGCCAUCGAAAGAUACGAUUGUCGCAAGGAGGGGCAUUUUAGAAGCCAACUGCUUCAAAAGAGGGGUCACACAAGGAAGAAGUCCUUUUACAAUGUUCUUCACGGAAUCUGAAGCAUUGAAGAAGCUGAGGAUGAUGUCUACGAUGCCAGAGAGCGUAAACAAUGGCGCACCAUGAGGUUGCUCCUGGUGCUCCGAAUGCUGUCUUUCCGGUUGAGAAUUCGAAAAACGUGAGACAUCUGGGAUUUUAGAUGUUCCCGGGAGUGAUGGAAAGUCUCGUUCGUCCUGGAUUUUGAAUCCUGGAGGGGAACGUUUUGUGACUUUCUUACCACUCUUGAAAUUUGUCAUGGUGGGUUGGGGGUCGCUGCUAGGCAGAUUCCGAGGUUUUUUGGUGGGUCUCUGGAGCCUCAUCCGUUUCCUCGUUUCACCCUUGAAAACAAAGGGAACCCCGUCCCCGACCUCAGAGUCAGAGCCCUGAUCAUCGAGAGAUAAAGACGAGUAGAUGUUACGGGAUUCAACGGUCGGGGCAGCUUUUUUCAGCAUUUCGGCGUAGCUUCGCCGUGAUCGCUGCUGCAACGAUCGUUUUUGAUGUUUUUUCUGCUGUAUGUACCUUGGGCAAUCAAUCAGAUCAUGUGGACGGUCGCUGCCACAAUAAACACACUUGGGCGGCGUUUUACACGCACCGUCCACAUGUCUCUCCCCGCAUGUUGUACAACGAGGUUUAUUGCUGCAGUACUGAGCGGUGUGGCCCAGCUGCUUGCAAUUGAUGCAAUUCAUUACCUUCGGUACAUACAGCCUCACAGGUAGCCGAAGUUUGCCAAUCACCAGCAGAUCUGGUAAUGCAGAUCCGGAAAAGGUCACAGAAAAUUCUUCAGAUGGUGUGUAAACCUUCUUCUCGCCCUCCUGGGAAUGCAGUUGCCGGCAAUCCAGUAUCUGGACAGGAGGUAGAGAAGGAUUAUGGAAACGACCACAGCCUUGCAUGAUCGUUUCGCAGGUCAAAGAUGCGUCGGCGACCUUCCCCGAAAUCUCUAUCGACGCGCUCGGAAGGUAAACGAUGUACUCAAGUGUAAACAACUCGCAGGCCACAAUCUCAUUAGCGUGUUUUCGGUCGCCUACUGUCACCCGAAGCUUAGCUGUACCGACCAUGUCAAUGGAGACAACGGAAGAAUACCGCUUAGUUAGAUCCUUGCUGAUUUGAACGGUGUUCAAACGUUUGCCUUUGGGUCGGAAGAAAACAACAUAUGGCCCGCCAAAGUCGGGAGGGUAGGCCUUGAGGCGGGGGGACGUCGAAACAGAUUUACUGUUGGUGUCCAUUGCAGAAGCACCAGGGUGAAGGGAGACAAAGGGAUUAGCAUUUACAUCGCCUUGUUGGCUCGAGCAGUCCGAUGCCAAUAACGAAGCUUCGUUGAUGCGGUACGACGUACCCCCGCCAUCGUCAUCAUCGCCCAUUGUGGUAGUUGACUACCACCACGGGGCACUCAAAAACCUUAAACUAACACUAUCACGGGGACGAGAAAUAAUCAAAAAACAA